UCACCGCGGCUCUCCGAAGGCUCCCGCGCCCCCCGGGGCAGCUGGGCGGGGUAAUGCCCUCGGUGAUGGAGAAGCCGAGCGCGGGCUCCGGGAUCCUGUCCCGCAGCCGGGCCAAGACGGCGCCCAACGGCGGACAGCCCCACUCGGAGGAUGACAGCAGCGAGGAGGAGCACUCGCACGACAGCAUGAUCCGCGUUGGAACCAAUUACCAGGCCGUCAUUCCGGAGUGCAAGCCUGAGAGUCCUGCCCGCUACAGUAACAAGGAGCUGAAGGGGAUGCUGGUGUGGUCGCCCAACCACUGUGUGUCAGAUGCCAAGCUUGACAAGUACAUUGCGAUGGCCAAGGAGAAGCAUGGCUACAACAUUGAGCAGGCGCUGGGCAUGCUUUUGUGGCAUAAGCAUGAUGUGGAGAAGUCCUUGGCCGACUUGGCCAACUUCACCCCGUUCCCCGACGAGUGGACCGUGGAGGACAAGGUGCUGUUUGAACAGGCUUUUGGCUUCCAUGGCAAAUGCUUCCAGCGGAUCCAGCAGAUGCUGCCUGACAAGCUGAUCCCCAGCCUGGUAAAGUAUUACUACUCGUGGAAGAAGACCCGCAGCCGAACCAGCGUGAUGGACAGACAGGCUCGGCGGCUGGGGGGCCGAAAGGACAAAGAAGACAGCGAUGAGCUUGAAGAGGGCCGGGGAGCCGUGAGUGAGGGAGAGCCGGAUGCUGGAGACCCCAAGAGAGAGCCUCUGCCCUCUCGGCCCCUGAAUACCCGGCCAGGCCCCGGGAAGAAGGAGGCCCAGGGGUCUCAGUACCGCCACCACCCGCUGCGAACCCGGCGUCGCCCACCCAAGGGCAUGUACCUGAGCCCUGAGGGCCUCACGGCUGUGUCAGGAAGCCCGGACCUUGCCAACCUCACGCUUCGAGGCCUUGACUCGCAGCUCAUCUCCCUCAAGCGCCAGGUGCAAAGCAUGAAGCAGACCAAUAGCAGCCUCCGCCAGGCGCUGGAGGGGGGCAUCGAUCCACUGCGUCCCCCUGAGGCCAACACCAAGUUCAACUCCCGCUGGACCACGGAUGAGCAGCUUUUGGCCGUACAAGCCAUCCGUAGGUAUGGCAAAGACUUUGGGGCUAUUGCAGAGGUGAUUGGGAACAAGACUCUGACCCAGGUGAAGACCUUCUUUGUGAGCUACCGGCGCCGCUUCAAUCUGGAGGAGGUGCUGCAGGAAUGGGAGGCCGAGCAGGAUGGGGCCCCCGGAGCCCCGGUCCCCAUGGAGGAGGCCAGGAGAGGGGCCGCCUUGCCAGCCCCGGCCCUAGAGGAAGACGAUGAGGUACAGAUCACCUCCGUCUCGACAUCUGUGCCCCGAUCGCUACCCCCUGUGCCGCCGCCGCCUCCGCCUCCCACCUCGCUGUCCCAGCCACCCCCGCUGCUGAGGCCACCUCUGCCCACCGCGCCCACCCUGCUCCGCCAGCCGCCCCCACUCCAGCAGGGCCGCUUCCUCCAGCCCCGGCUGGCCCCCAACCAGCCCCCACCACCUCUCAUCCGCCCCGCCCUGGCUGCCUCCCGCCACAGUGCCCGCCCUGGCCCUCAGCCCCCACCCACCCUGAUUGGGGCCCCUCUGGAGCCUCCAGCACCUUCACUCUGAGCCCUGAGGCCCUCCACCAACCGGAGGCUGCAGAACCACGUUGCUGGCCGUCCGUGGACACCUCUGGCUUCACCGAGGACAGA